CUUGACCCUUUUGGAUGUGCCUAUUCCUGCUCACACUUGGUUUCACCGGGCCAGCGGCACAGGGCUCCAUCCAAAUUGACAUGGUUCAUCGUCGUCGUGCCAAGCAGCAGGUCGUUAAUGCGGGGGACUCCAAUUUGUCCUUCUCUUUCGCCUGCGGCGGCUGGCUCAAGAUGUACCUCUUCGGUGUUGCCAAGGCGCUGCAAGAGUUCGAGCUCGAGAAGAACGCGCGGCUUAUUGGCUGCUCAGCCGGCGCGCUGACGGCCACGGGACUGGCGCUGCGUUGCAAUUUCGACGCAAUCCGCGACCACGUGCUCCAUAACAUCGUCCCGCAGGCGCACUCGUCGCUGGCCAGCUACUUUCGUGUCCGGCCGUACUUGCGCGACACGCUGGCGCGGCACGGCGGAAUGGACCAAUUCGAGGCGCUCAAUGCGUCGCAACAGCUCACGAUCGUCUACACGUCGCUGUCGUCGCUCAAGUCGCGACGCGCGACCACCUUCGAGUCGGCGGAGCAUCUGACGGAGACCUUACUGGCCUCGUGCUGCGCCCCACCCAUCGCUGGGCUGCCCUUCAAGCUCAAUGGGGAGUGGAUCAUGGAUGGCGGCAUGCUCGAUUUCCAGCCUGUAUACAACAGUAAGACGGUGACAAUCAGUCCGUUCUACUGUGUCGGCGCCGAUAUUAAGCCGUCGGUAUACGUGCCCAUGUGGUGGGCAUUGAUCCCGCCCGGAGUGCGCGAUGUCGAGUGGUUGUUUGACUUGGGCUACGAAGACGGUCUCAAGUGGAUCGUAAAGAACGGAUUGACUGGUGGCCGCAAGGACGUCGUGAUCCCAAAUAAGAGCACGCACUACGCUGGCGGAUGGAAUACAACGGUGGGUCGUGUGGUUGGCUACCGUGCCUGCGAGAGCCACUUCCUGGACGCACUGUUCAUCGGGCUGUUCGUGUGUUUAUGGAGGCCAAUGGCAUUCAUUUGCCUGUACUUGGAGCUCUAUCUGCAGGCUAUUGUGUCUGGCGGCAAGGCCGUGGUCUUUGGAGCCGCGGCCAAGCUGCUAAUUUCGAAUAUCAUCAUGGCCGCGUUGGCAAUGGCCCUGGCCACAUUGGGCCUACAGGACACAAUGUUGUUCCUGCUAGGACUUGCGGCGACAGGAUUCUUCUUGGGUGGAAUGGUUCUACUAGUGGGAGGUCUACAACAAGCGAGUGCGGCGGCGUCGGCCGACUGGCAGAAGUGCCGUUCGUACAUGCGCAGCAUCACGAGUUUGUCGCUCUUUUUGCACAGCAUGCCAGUAAUCGGCGCUAAAGUACAGAUCAAGCGUCACGAGUUCCUACUGAAGCAUUCACUAGUGUAUCGUGUCGCGAUGCAUUUCGUGUAGACAGUAGAAACCACCUAAAAUAUUGUACCACCGAGAUAUAGGUGCGACCAAUGUAUCUUAUACAGCACACACGUACGACCCACGCACACGAAGGUCUCUAAUCGACUCGAUUGCAAGGUGAGACAGCACCGCUAUCACGGUU